GCGGGGCUGCACCGGCUCCUGGUAGACGUGUAACGGGCGGUGGGCUGCGGCCAUGGCCGAGAGGAAGUCUAACGGCGGCGGCGGCGGCGCCUCCGCCUCCUCGUCGGGCACGAACUUGCUCUUCUCCUCGUCGGCCACGGAGUUCAGCUUCAGCGUCCCCUUCAUCCCGGUCACGCAGGCCUCCACCGUGCCGGCCUCCUUGCUCUUGCCCGGAGAUGACUCCACGGAGGUGGGCGAGGAGGACAGCUUCCUGGGCCAGACGGCGGCCCCCGCGGCGGCGCCGCAGACCUUCAGUUACUUCUCUCAGGCCUCAAGCAGCAGUGAUCCCUUCGGGAGCAUCGGCCAGUCGCCGCUGACCACUGCCGCCGGACAGCCUGCCUUCUCCAGGCCGCCCUCGGGCCUGCCCUGCCCCGCGGGCGCCCAGGACCCCGCGAGUGCCUUCGUGCCGGCCGGCCCCAAGGCUCCGUUCGGUGCUCCGUCCCCGGCACCCCUGGGCGUCAGCACCUACCCGCCGUCUCAGCCCGGCAGCCUCCCUCCGGCCUUCGGCAGCCCCCCGCAAGGCGCGCCCCCGCAGGGGUACAACCCCUACCGCCACACGCCCGUCAGCAGCCGGGCCAACCCCUACCUCACGCCACCGCAGCUGCAGCAGUGCCAGGCCCCCGCCGCGCCCCUCCAGCCUCCGCCCGCGGGAGGACCCCCGGUGCACAUGUAUCAGGCACCUCCUGGGUCUGUGCCCCCGGUUCCCGGGGUCGUGCAGCCGGGCCUGCCCCCUCCGACGGCGCAGCAGGCCCUCGCCCGGCUGACGGGCCCCUCGGUGCAGCCGCCGCCCCCGUUCCUUCCCCAGAACCAGUACGAACCUGUCCGGCCCCACUGGUUCUACUGCAAGGAGGUGGAGCACAGGCAGCUGUGGCUGGCUUUCAGCGCGCUGGAUUCUCUGAACCUCGAGGAGACCUAUAAUUCAGUCCAGCCGGACCCCGAGAGCGUGGUCCUGGCCACCGACGGAGGCCGCUACGACGUCCACCUCUAUGACCGGAUGCGGAAGGCCGUGUACUGGGAGGAGGAGCCCACCGAGGUGCGGCGCUGCACCUGGUUUUACAAAGGUGACACGGACAGCAGGUUCAUCCCCUACACGGAGGACUUCAGCGAGAAGCUAGAGGCCGAGUACAAAAAGGCGGUGAGCACCAACCAGUGGCAUCGCAGGCUGGAGUUCCCCAGCGGAGAGACCAUCGUGAUGCACAACCCGAAGGUCAUCGUCCAGUUCCAGCCGUCGUCAGUGCCAGACGAGUGGGGGACCACGCAGGACGGGCAGACGCGGCCCCGCGUGGUGAAGCGCGGCAUCGACGACGACCUGGAUGAGAUUCCCGAUGGGGAGCGGCCUCAGGUGGACCACCUGGUCUUCAUGGUACACGGCAUCGGGCCCGUGUGUGAUCUGCGCUUCAGGAGCAUCGUUGAAUGCGUGGAUGAUUUUAGGGUGGUUUCUCUCAAAUUGCUGCAGACGCAUUUCAAGAGCUCGGUGGAUGCGCAGCGAGUGAGCCGGGUGGAGGUGCUGCCGGUCCACUGGCACAGCGCCCUGGGCGGCGACGCCACGGGCGUGGACAGGAACAUCAAGAAAAUCACCUUACCAAGUGUUGGCCGCUUUCGUCACUUCACCAACGAAACCUUGCUCGAUAUUUUAUUUUACAACAGUCCCACCUACUGCCAGGCCAUCGUGGAGAAAGUGGGGCUGGAGAUGAAUCGUCUGCACGCGCUCUUCCUGAGUCGGAACCCCGACUUCAGAGGCGGGGUGUCUGUCGCGGGGCACAGUUUAGGUUCUUUAAUACUGUUUGAUAUCCUGUCCAAUCAAAAAGAUUUGAAUUUUUCCAAGUCUCCCGGGCCAUUAACGAUUGCUAAUGGCAUUGUGAAGCAGCCGAAUUUUCAGGAAAAGCAGGCAUCUGAAGAGCCAAAGCCGAAUUUGGAUGAGUCUUGUGACCUUGAGGUUGAAAAUGAAGACGCCGUCACCUUGCAGGAGGCCCUGGACACACUCAGCCUCUCUGAGUACACCAGCACGUUCGAGAAGGAAAAGAUUGACAUGGAAUCCCUGCUCAUGUGUACCGUGGAUGACCUGAAGGAAAUGGGAAUACCCCUGGGACCCAGAAAGAAGAUCGCUAACUUCGUGAAGCAUAAAGCCGCCAAACUGGAGCAGAGAAAGAUGGCUUCGGAGAAGAAGGCUGCAGUGGCCGCCGUGACCCCAGGACCAGAAGGAAAUGCCCCGAAAGGUGACGGAGCGGCCCCGGCGCCCGGCGAGGCCAAGAGGAGACUGCCCGUCGGCGUCUGCGUGUCCUCUGCGAACGUCCACUACGAGUCCUUUGAGGUCGGCACCGGGCAGGUUUCUGUUGUUUAUAACUCGUUGGAUUUUGAGCCAGAGAAUUUCUUUGCCUUGGGAUCUCCCAUUGGUGUGCUUCUCACUGUUCGAGGAGUAGAUCGGAUUGAUGAGAACUACAGGCUACCCACGUGUAAAGGCUUCUUCAAUAUUUACCACCCACUUGACCCGGUGGCAUAUAGAUUAGAGCCCAUGAUUGUUCCCGAUUUGGACCUCAAAGCAGUCCUCAUUCCACAUCACAAAGGCAGAAAAAGACUUCAUUUAGAGUUGAAAGAAAGCCUCUCUCGUAUGGGUUCUGAUCUGAAGCAGGGUUUUAUUAGCUCUCUGAAAAGCGCUUGGCAGACGUUGAACGAGUUUGCGCGUGCCCAUACCUCUUCAGCUCAGCUGCAGGAAGAACUGGAGAAGGUGGCCAAUCAGAUCAAAGAGGAAGAAGAGAAGCAAGUAGUUGAAGCGGAGAAGAUUGUCGACAGUCCAGACUCACCCAAGGACGAGGACUACUUGGGGAAGGUCGGGAUGCUCAACGGCGGCCGCCGCAUUGACUAUGUGCUCCAGGAGAAGCCCAUCGAGAGCUUCAACGAGUAUCUCUUCGCGCUUCAGAGUCACCUGUGCUACUGGGAAUCUGAAGAUACUGCCUUGUUAUUACUGAAGGAAAUUUACCGAACAAUGAACAUCAGCCCAGAGCAGCCCCAGCACUGAGUGGCGGCCCCCACCAAAGUCCCAGACGACAGCACAAUUCUGAGAAGAUCCUCCCAGACGUCCCCAGUGCGCUCUGUGGCAGGGAGCAGGGCUGGCUUCCCGGCUAGCUGCUGGCCUGCGUUCCCUGCUGGGGGCAUUCCUCAGACACCAGCGCACAGAGCCACGACAAGGAGACAGUGGAGAGCAAUCACUACCACAUUCGGACAGUCUAGAUGAGAAAACGUAAUUCUGAAAAUGAUGAAAUGAACAAUUCCUUGGAUGACUUUAGUUCUUCAGUUGUCAAAGUAACAUGGAAUAUCAAUGAAUACUUGUAGCAUGCAAAUGGUUGUUACUGUUUCUUAAAAGCUCUUGCUGAUGGGCUAUUAAACUUGCAUAUAUUUUUUA